AGUCAUGUGACCGAGCGGCAGAACACGGAAGAGGAAGCGAAAGCAUUUACCGUCACCAUAAACAUGACAAGCGAAACCUAGAAAGUAAGCUAAUUGUUUAAAAUCACCAGUUUUAAGUUAAAUUAGAUUGCAGAAAGUCGUCGGAAAACGCUUUGUGUCGGACAGCAAUGGCAGUAAACGUGCUGUCGUUCCUCCUGCUGAUGUGGUUUGGCUGUCAGGUCGACGGUCAGCUGGCGAUUCUGCACGCGUCUAAUGGAUCCACAGUCAGAGAAUACUGUCUGGUGUACAACUCAACCUGGAGCAACAUCUCAGACCGCCUGAGUGCAGCUGUGGCCUAUCCGCUGCUGAACCUGACCUCCAGUCAGCUGUGUGUGAGGGGUCAGCAGGACUCUCUGGAGGGUCAGGCUGUGGUGGUGACGAGGGGCAGCUGUGAUUUCGGUCAGAAGGCUCUGGUCGCUCAGGAUCUGGGUGCGUCUGUGCUUCUGAUCGCCAGCAUCAAGAGUAUGUUGACGCCUACGGUAAACAACUCUGUGUUCAGUAAGAUGAAGAUUCCUGUGGCCCUGGUGAGACACCGGGACGUCCUGGACGCGCUGCAGGUGAAGAUGAAGUCACUCCUCCUUCUGCACUUCACACUGGAGCCAACGUUUCAGAGCAGCUUCACUGAGAGAAACAGGAAAAUAACAGUGUUAGAGUUUUCAGAUUGAUUGAUUUGCUUCAGU